AUGAGGUCUCUCGGUGAGCGUUACAACAAGCUUCAUAGGCUUGUUUCCUUAAGGGUUGGCCCUGGCGCAGCAAUUCUUCCCCCAGAAGUGACCAGAAUACAUAUGGACUUUGCUACGAGUUUCAAGAAUGGUCAUAUGGGUGCCAAAAAGUUUUGGCGCGAGAACCUCCCCCGAUUAAAGUACCACAACCCAUCGGUCCCCAUGAUCGUCAACCGACACAACCAAAAUAACAAGAAGCCCACACUCUCCAUCUACCUCCGCAAGCCCGACGCCACUACUCCCGCACCAGAAACCCGCUCCCAGCCCGCUUCAUCACGCAGCAACCUAUCCAAGGCGACGCCUGCGGAUGCCGACGAAAAGAUCAUCACAGUCGACAUGACGGAGAAGCACUCAUCCCACAUCCUCGAGUUUGUGCUCGCCGAGACUCGCGCAGUUCCUCUCAAGCCUACGAAGGAGGAGAUUCGCGAGUUGCAGGAGAUUAACGCAAUGGCUAAGCAGGCCGAGGUCGACCGCGCACGCAUGAGAGGCCUGCGGGAGGAGAAGCAACGUGAGGAGGCCAUGUUGAAGCGAGCUCGAGCUGCUGGUGGUGUUGCGGAGGAGGAAGGCUCGUAAAUGUACUUCCUGUAGGAAAAGAGGGACUACGCUGUACAAUAAAUCUGUAUGACUUUAUGCCACAUAAACUGGCAGGUGUACUACUUGGAAAUAUAAAAAAGUUUACCAGUCA